UGUGUUCGAUCAGUUUACAAAGAACAUUCGUACGUGUCGGUAGCGAAUUCGGUGUUGUUCCGCGACCGCGUUUUUAUUUUCGUUCCGGAUAUUGAGGACUUUGGAGGUGGGAAUCCGGGAUCGGUCCGAUCGGGAAGACUGUUUUUGGGAUUUUUUUUUAAAGAAAAGCGGUUCGGGAUUUUCAGGGUGAAACGUGCUGGAGUGAGGGAAGAAGUUUCAUUCAACUUGUUCCCAGUGCGUCGUCGUCGUUCCGCAAAAUAUUUUGUGCAGUUCGGCCGAAGCAGGAGUUCAUCAUCGUCAGCAUCAGUGCCAACAACUUGAACCUCAACCAACCGCGUUGGGCGCCGCCGGAUAGAAGCAGUUUUACACACAAACGAAACAACUAACCGAAGAGCUUGAUUAAAUAAUAAGCAAAGUUUUUUUUUCGUCUUUCGUCGGAGUGUUGUUUGUGUGUGGUGUUUUUUGUUAGAGUGAAGUAAUAUACCUGUCCUACCACUACUGCUACAACCGAGGGGGGAGUUAUCGCAAUUGUUGCUGCAAGUGAGGAAGAAUCGUGUGAACUGUGAUUGUGUGAGUGUGUCACGGUGAAAAAAAAGUUGCAACAGAAAAAAGAGCAUCUCCGUUGAGGAGGAAUUACGACAACAAAUAGUCGGAGCAGGCAGCAUCCACAACACAGCUUAGAGAUCAGACCGACUGUGUGAGAUUGCAUUGGAAACGAUUAUACCAAAGGACUUGCAGCAGCCAUUAAGCCCCAUUCAGUUUGUGCCGGGACACGUGCCCUGGGAGUCGUAAAUUUGCAUUGAAUGCAAUUUAAAGCAAAAUACAUUACCCGGCAGCAGCUGAAGUCUAGGAAGCGGAAUCUUCGACCCUUCUAGAGCGGAGAGUUUCCGUGGUCGGGUCCGGUGCUGGAUAUUGAGCUAAUUUAUGGCACAUGGCCACCACUCCGGGAAUGUGAAGGGACCUUCGGCAGUGCUGAAUAGAAUCAGAUUCCACCCCCGUAGUUAAGGUCCGACCUUCCCCUCGCGAUGAAGGGUUGGUUCGACGCGUUCCGAGACGAUGGAGCCCCCACUCUGUACUCGUUCUCGAACCGAACCCCGGUCACCGGCGAUGUCUCGAUUGUGGCCGUCUGCGUCAUGUUCGCCACUAUCUAUCUGGCAUUUCUGGUCAUCUUCCCCGGCGUUCGAAAGCAGAAAUUCACAACAUUCACAACGGUUACGCUCAGCUUAUUUGUAGGACUUGUAAUUCUUGUGGCCCGUCUCGGUUCGGCAUGGCACGUGGCGCAAUCGACCAUCGUGGCGCCGUACAAGGCGUUUUCACGGGAAAAGCUCCCGGCCCGGCUUGGCGCCCACAUCGGCCUGAUGCACAUCAACAUCACCCUGGUGGCCCUGCCCGUGGGCAACUGGUCCGCGCCGGACAUUGACUUUAACGAGCAGUUCAGCUGGAACCAGGCCAACGACAUGGGCAACUCGUACCGGAAUGCCCUCCAACGGGGACUGCCCUACCCGAUUCUGACCGUCGCCGAGUACUUCAGCUUGGGCCAGGAAGGAUUCGCGUGGGGUGGCCAGUACCGAGCCGCCGGAUAUUACGCCAGCAUACUGCUAUGGGCCGCAUUUGCCUCGUGGCUGCUGAUGAACCUGCUUCUGGUGGCGGUUCCCCGCUACGGUGCCUACACGAUGACUCUGACCGGUGCCCUGUUGAUCGGGGCCAGCAUCGGGUACAGCAUGAUGCUGCCGAAGCGGCCCCUCACCAUCUUCAUCGAGGGAGGACGCAUCAGCUUCCGACUGAGCUGGUGCUUCUGGCUUGUGCUGGUCGCAGGUAUCCUGUGCUUGUCGGUUGGACUGGUAAUAUCCAUCAUCGACUUGGUGUGGCCCCACCGCUUUUCAACGAUUCUAGAGGUCUAUUAUGAUACUCCCUACGACAGACACGUGAUAUUGGAAGAAUCUCACGAUGUCCGGUACCGCAAACGGAACAGCAAAGGACUUGAAGAUCCCCCGGGACUGGGAUCGCGAAUCUUGCGCCGUUUAUCGUCGAAAACACGUGACCAGUCAAACGACAAGAUGGGCAUCGAGAAUCGAGGCUUCCAGCACGACGUUCCUAAGUCUCCGUGGCGCUACCCGUUCCGACGCUCCCAGCAGACGCCCCCGCGCGGAAUUCAGCGCACAAUCUCGCAGGACUCCAACUCGAGUAUCGCGUCCGCCGCAGCGGCCCAUUCCCAGUCCCUUCACAAAGUCGCACUCUCCAGAAUGCUGCCAAAACCCCCGCUGGAGCGUACCCGUGAAAUUUCCAACUGGUAGAGACGGAUGCGCGCACUCCCACACACACACCUCACACAUUAACCUACUAAAAACAACUCAUUAAGCCGGUUCUAAACCGGAAGCCAAUCCUCAAUCGAAAAAAAGCGACCACCACGUGUGCAACGAUAACGUGAUGAACCUCUUGUGAUAUUAAAUCGUAAAACGCAGAAUUAUCAAACUUCACCGCACCCCCAACAUUACAACGUAAUUUAAUCGAGCAAAGUGAAGAAGACGUCGUGGCCAAGUGACUUACCUUAAUCUUAGGAUAAAAAAAAACCAUUUUAGCUAGAGAGUAUAGUAGUCAGUCCAAGGACGCACAUAAGACAAAUUGGCUUCGUAUGGAGCAGAUUUUUUUUAACGGAGGAACACAAGUCGUACCCUUACAAAAUGUAGCAUUCUAUGAAGAAUUGAUUAGAGUUUAAGACUGGCCAACACUUAACGAAGGCAUAUAAACUAGCUUAAAACGCAGCAGCAACAGAUAAAAAUCAUUAGCGGAAGCAUCGUUUUAAGUUAUUUAUUUUGCUGUGAAAUUAUCCUAAAUUUUAUCGAUGUGGGAAUGAUUUCUGAUGCAUUCUUGAAAUUCAGUGGCAUAAAGAAGAAACUUUUCGUGUAUUGUAUAAUUAAGUAUUAUAAAUGUGACAUUAAAAGAAGAUUGUAACUUAGAUGUAAGAAUAAAAGAGGAUCAAUUGGAACACAA